AUGCGGUGGGCAGCGGACGCAAAAAGUUACGUCGCCUCUAGAGUCACUCACGCCACUCUUGGCGAAUUCCCCUCCCGCCUGUGCGAUACACAACUUCACCGCCACCACUCUGAGAUCGGUCAAUUGGCAAUUGCUCACUCAGCCUCUGUUCUGCGCUUGUGUGUCGGCUCAUCCCGGAGCUGCCACAUAGGUACAGAGGUGGUCGUGUCUGGUGAUGAGCCCUCGCUCAGGGGUGAGCGGAAGGGCUACAGCGUGGGUGUGGUUGCAGGGUUGCCGGUUGCCGUGUGCCGCCGGCGGGUGCGGUGGGGGCGGCUAGGGCGCGGCGUGGCGGCAUGGGGCGGGCGCGCUCUUCUGCGCGGCGCUGAGGCGCGGGAUGUACGGCGCCUACUACCCCUACCUGUACGGCCGCGGCGCCGCGCGCUCCUUCCACCACGCGCCGCACUUCCAGUACGAUCGGGUGAGUUGCCGCCGCGGGACAGCGCGCCGGACAACCAGGAAGCGUCGAGCUGUAUGCGCGCGCGCGUGUGCGUGCCGCUCCGUGAACGGCACCCACGUGUGUGUGCCGCGUCCGCGUCGGACCUCUUGCUCGUGCAAAUGGGACCCCUGUUAGCGACCGCAGCGCCCCGCCGAUUGACACUUUACACUUUCAUCGGCUUUUUGCCGUUCGGGCACUGCUCAUGCGCCCAGCGGAGCCGCCAUCGACGAUGCGCGCACCUGCCGACCGGCCCUGGGUCGCCGCAUCGCUUUUGCCACUCGCUAAUAGUCAACAAAUACGAAGCUCUGUGUUCCAACACAAAACGACGUUGCGAA